UUCACUAGAAAACAAUUCCUUUACAUGAUCGGCCAUCUGUUCAGAUGUCAAAGCAACAUUCUUCUUUCGACAUCCAACUGCAUCCCCGUUAUUGGAGAAGCGGCCUCUACAAUUUGGGAUUUUAUCAUUAAAUAUGAUACACAGAUGUCACAACUUCUGGCAACUGGACAGUAAAGUAGAGCAGUCAGAUGAGAUAAGAGAUGGACACAGUUAUAAUUCCUAAAUCUUACUGCAUCAAAAUGUAAAAGUCAACCUAAAGAUGUAUUUGAUUUUUGCCCGUUUUAUUGAGGUAUAUUUACGUAUUUUAGAGCUCAGCACAUUCAUGAUGUACAAAAAUGCUGUCGCUAGGAUUCAAAAGACAGUCAAAUGUCUGGUAGCUCAUUCAUUGUUAGGGUUGACGAAGCCUGAUGUAGGUCGUACUUAUUAUUUUUAAAGAGUAUGUUCUUCAUUCCACUAAUAAUCUAUUUCCAAUAUGUUACUGGCCAGAGACUACACUGUGCCAUAUCUUACGUGACACUAUCAGAUCAGCAAGUGUUUUUAAGAAUGUAUUUAGUUAGAUUUGUUUCUUGUUGUGAAAGUUUGCAAUUUUUUGCUGUCUGAUUUGGUCAAUGUAAGGUAUUUUAAAGCUAAACUGAAGAGUAAAACAUUUUUCUGUAUCCAUUUCUUAUAAAUAUUUUUCCCAAACAAUCAUAAAACUAUGAGGUAGGAGAAAUAUUUUGAUCAUGCAUCUACAUUAAGUCAUCCAAUUUGUUUAUGUCCGAGAAAUCAGUGUCAACCAUGUUACUCCCUAUAAAUCAGCAGCGGUUUGUUACAAAGUCACAUGUCCAACAUCACUUGAUGUAAUUUCCUUUCUUGGAGGGAAAUUUGAAGACAUAUAUAUUAUUUUAUCACCUAGUUUAUUUAUCAAUUCUUGUUCUCAAUUCUUGUUUUCUGACUUUUUGGCUGACCUGAAAUGUACCCCCUUAAUAUAGAAUGACUCUUGUGCAGUCAUGUCUCCUGUCUCUCCAACAGCUACUCUCACAUACGACACUUUGCGCUUUGGUGAGAUCGAAGAUUUCCCAGAGACCAUAGAGCCUGUCUGGAUUUUAGGAAAGCAGUUCAGCGCACUAACAGAGAAGGAUGAAAUUCUGGCUGAUGUCACCUCACGUUUGUGGUUAACCUACAGAAAGAACUUCCAGCCAAUCGGUGGCACUGGGCCUACUUCAGAUACUGGCUGGGGCUGCAUGCUUCGAUGUGGACAGAUGCUUCUUGGGGAGGCCUUAAUUUGCAGGCAUUUAGGAAGAGACUGGAGAUGGAGUCCAAGUCAGCGACAGAGGACGGAAUAUAUCAGUAUUCUCAAUGCUUUUAUUGACAAGAAGGACAGCUAUUAUUCCAUCCACCAAAUAGCUCAGAUGGGUGUAGGUGAGGGCAAGUCUAUUGGCCAAUGGUAUGGUCCUAAUACGGUGGCACAGGUACUCAAGAAACUGGCAGUAUUUGACUCCUGGAGCCGACUGGCAGUUCAUGUAGCUAUGGACAAUACUGUGGUUAUAGAGGAAAUCAAUAGGUUGUGUAUGCCAUGGCUGGACUUUGAGGGGGGAGCAUGUGCUGCUUCUGUGGAACCUCAAGAGAUGAAUGGAGAUCUACAGGGGGCAUGUGCUCUGGCAGAGGAUGAGACUGCUCUUUGGAAACCAUUAGUUCUGCUGAUUCCUUUAAGACUGGGCCUAAGUGAUAUCAAUGAAGCUUAUUUUGAACCACUAAAGCAAUGCUUCAUGAUGCCUCAGUCCUUGGGGGUAAUAGGUGGGAAACCAAACAGUGCUCACUACUUCAUUGGCUUUGUAGGUGAAGAGCUCAUUUACCUAGACCCUCACACCACUCAGCCUGCUGUGGAACCAGAUGAAGAUGGUCAGUUCCUGGAUGAGUCCUACCACUGCCAGCACCCUCCCUGCCGAAUGCAUAUAUGUGAGCUUGACCCCUCCAUUGCUGCUGGCUUCUUCUGUCAAACCGAGGAGGAUUUUGAUGACUGGUGUGCACAGAUUCGUAAGGUUUCAAACUGUAGAGGUCUUCCUAUGUUUGAAUUAGUGGACAGUCUGCCAUCUCAUCUAAUCACUACUGAUGUACUAAAUCUCACUCCAGACUUCUCAGAUUCAGACCGUUUGGAGCGCUGCUUUGAUUCUGAAGAUGAAGAAUUUGAAAUACUGUCUCUGUGAAGAAAUUAUAUAUUUGCCAGACAUUCAGAAACCUGCGACAGAGCCCCGCAGAGGAAAGAAGUCAGUGAGAGAAUGGACAGAAUGUCAUUAACGGCCAAAGCCAGUUUGGCAUUUGGUGACUCAACUGCUUCAAAUACACAACUUUCUUAAAUGGCUAUACUGACGGCUCUGUCAUCAUCAAUAAUGAGUUAUAGUCAGGGCUAACAGGAUUGUCAAUAUGUAUUUGCAUUUAUGUAUAUCUAUAUUAAGUUUUAACACUAUAGAUUUCUUUAAGUGAUAUGGUGCCUUUUCAUCCUCUUAACUUAAACACAGGUGAGCUAUAACACAUUUUUUGGUAUCGGUCAGAAUUACUGCUUAGUUUUGAUUCCGUAGUGACGGUCACAGAAGUUUGGACCUCUAUCAACUUGUAAAUGGCAAUUACGGAAGGCUGAGCAUUUACAAACAAACUAGGACAGCUUGUUAUUAUACAGAACCUUUUUAAUGAUCAGAAUCUCUGUACGCAAGUUUAUUUUAUGAAUAUUUAUUUAAUUCAUUAAAAACAACAAAAAGCUAUAACAAUCAAUUUAGUGUAAUUAUUCAACACAGGGAUAUAUCAAAACCUCCUGAGAAACAGCUAUUUAACUCCACAGCAUUCCAAUUGGCUGAUUCUCUGAGAAAUGUAUUAUAUUCUCACUCAAAAACUUAAUAUCGUUGUGCACCUCUUCAAUGGACCUUGCUGCAUCAAUCACCUAUAGAAGCAAAAAAAAAAUGUAUAUAGUGUUAAUGUCAUUAAAUUACCAGAACAAUAUGGUAAUAAAAAAAACUUACACUCCA